GGAGCAGGUUGGCGGCGGGGCUGCGCUUAGCUGGGUUUGUUUGCGGCUCUCCCGGAACGGGGCCGCUCAGGGAGGGUGUACAGCCGUGCUGCGAUGAGUGUCUGAUGAGGGGCACAGAGGGAUGGAUUCGAGGCCUGAAACCUGACGGUAAACGCACGAGAAACACGGGAGGAUGCCGAGAGUAGGAUACCUGAACAUAAACCCAGUGCAAGAGUUGGAAGGGAGACUUGGGUCUGAGGCAGAGCUCAGCGUGGGACGUGGCCUGGGACAACCACAGUGAAACUUGCUCAUCUGACUCCUGCCAGAAGCAGCAGCUGUGAAACAGUAGCUGAUAGAAAAAUGACCGUGUAGGAGUUCAAACUGUUGACCUUAGAGAGAACUAUCCUGUGAAUGCGACCAUCCGACCUUCAGCUCUAAAGCAGAUGAAGUGGGAAGCUACCAACCACAGGUGGCAGAGCGCUGCAGGGGGAUCCCAGGGCUGCUGUGCAUGACCUGUGUGUUGGGGCUGCUGCUGAACCCAACCGAAUGGAGCUGCUGCUGCAAGCUCACUGUAGGCUCAUCAGGGAGUCAUUUGAGUUGGAUGGGACCUUUGAAGGCCAUCUACUCCAACUCCCCUGUAACAAACACGGACACCUACAGCUCCAUCAGGUACUCAGAGCCCCAUCCAGUGUGAUCUUGUGCAUGUCAUCUCCCAUCAUGUCCCCAACUACACGUUUGUCUGUUUGAGCGCUCACAACCCACCAUCCCAUCAACACCCAGGCCUUCCUAUUGGCUUGCCAUUGAGCAGCAAGCUGGGAUAUGCAUUCAUUCCCAUUCCAGCUCCUGUACUGUUCAAUCAACACCCAAUGAGUUUCAGCCAAAGAGUGGAUCCAUUUGGAAUGAAUGGAAUUUGAAAUAAACCAGGUACAGCUCUUCACGAGCAGUGGUGUAGAAUUUCUGAGAAACAUGCAUUUGAACAUCUGUAAAAGGACACAAAUUGAGACACACUUCUCUGAUCAAGAAGGGAGGACAUUAACUGUCAACGAUUGUUAAUAUUAAAGUGAAUAAAAGUAACAAUGAGGCACUGGGAUGAUGGUUAAAACACAGGAAGAAAACAUUUGAUAGAGUUAAGAAACACAUCUGUAAGUCAAGUAGAGCUAUGAUGUGAUCUCAGAAAGAAACUUCGGGCAGUGUGAAGCAGCUCAUGGUUUUUGCCAGUGGAGUACUGGCAGACCCCAAAAACAAGAUAAUCUGUCAUGCUUGGUAUAACAGAAGAAUUCCAUCCACCCAAAGGUGCUACGCAGAUGUGCUGUGAGCAUAGAAUCACAGAACGGCCUGGGCUGGAAGGGACCUCAAGGAUAAUGAAGCUCCAAGCCCCGCCACAGGCAGGGCCACCAACCUCCACAUGUAAUACCAGCCCAGGCUGCCCCGGGCCCCAUCCAACCUGGCCUUGAACACCUCCAGGGAUGGACGGGGCAUCCAUAGCCUCUCUGGGCAGCUGUUCCAGCACCUCACCACUCUCAGAGUGCAGAACUUCCCCUGACAUCCAAUCUAAACCUUCCUUCCUUGAGCUUAACUGAUCACGAACCAUCAGACUGUCUCAGUCAGCUCUCUCCUCUCAAGCCAUGUGUGCUGAUGCCAUAGCACUGAUGUCAAGAGUCACUGCAGACUGGAGGCAAAGAGCUGGGCCUGGCUUCCAGAGCGCAAGACAGAUGGUUCAGGGAACAGGAGUCUGCAGCUCACACUGGAAUACUUUUAUAUCUCUGGUGGGAGGCUCCAGGCAGCCUAGCAGAACCCCUAAGCACUGCAGGGUGCUGGAGGAUUUUCCUCUGCGUUCCUGGUUUGGUCAUGUAUUUUAAAAGAAAUUGACAUUUCUUAUGUUAGAAGAGGGCUACCUUCCUUCUCUGGGUGAGACAUUGGCAAAAUCAGAUUUUUUUUUUUUUUGAAGAAGAAAAGGCAGUAAUCUUAGCAAAUAGAAGAACUUACGUAAGGGUUCAUAAUUCACACCUAGCAGAGAUGAAAAAUGGAUCGUGUUUCCUGCCAAAAUAGCAGAGACCUGUCAGAUGGUAGUUUUAUGUCUAAAGAGAGUAGAUAGAUUCAGCUUCGCCCAUGAGCUUCCUCCAGAUGAGGGGGAUUGAUUAUAAAUGAUGCAGUUGAGAAUGGACUACAGAAAAUAAGCUGACAUUUUCAAUCUGGCUUUAUAUCCCUGCAGUGUUUUGAUUAAGGAUCUUUCUUUCGGAGUUGCUUUUUGAGCCUUCUGUGAAACAAAGCUGUACUUCAGCAGAUGGGGCUGGGAGUAUUUCGAUGAAGCAUCAGUCAUCUUUUGGCUGGAGAGAAGGCAGCUGCCCCACAGGAGUGAAACUGCAAGAGGUGCAGUGUGUUCAUUGUGCUUUGUAUUAGGACUCAGUGUGCUGUGACAGGCUUCAAAUGCUCAGGCUCAAAGGAAAAAAUGUGUGUAAUUCCCUGCCUGUCUGAAAAGUCAGACAUUUAUAGAAUCAUCGAAUCACUCAGGUUGGAGAACACCUCCAAGAUCCCUGAGCCCAGCCCCAACCACCCCCCAUGCCCACUGCUCACAUCCCUCAGUGCCACAUCUCCAUGGCUCUGGGACACCCGCAGGGAUGGUGAGCCCACCACUCCUGGGCAGCUGUGCCACCACAGCACUGCUCUUUGGGAGAAGAAAUCUUUUAUCCAACCCUUUAAUCAUCUUUAAUGAUGCUGGAACAUCGACGGUCCCUGCUGUGGGGCGAUGAACUGAAGAACUGUGAGUGGCAAACAACACAAUGUGGGGCCAGCUGACAUUUGUCUCAGUGAACAUGGUGUUUGGUGGGACAGAUAUAUGUCAGAGCAUGUGAAGCAGACCAGGAUCACGGUGUGCAGUGAGUAAAGGCGUUACUAAAGGUGAUGAACAACUGACUGCCCAAUUCCAGCACACUGCUAGCAGCUUCGACCAGGGCUGAUGAAACUUAGACCUACUGAUCCAAGAGAGAGGAGAAAUUAAGAAUGGGAGGAAAACAUCCCAUGCCACCCGACGGCCUAUAGGGAAGCUGUAAAAUAUCUCACUGAAACUCUUGAGUCCCUCAAUGAAGAAGAGUUUGAAGAUGUAAUUGACAAAAUCAUCGAUGCUGUUGAAAAGCAGCCUUGCAGGUGCUGACGUUCUGUUACGCUGACUGAUCUUAUGGUAGUAAUGUUGGGCCGAAGGUGCUGCUAACAACUGGGACCCUACAGCAAAGGAUGAGCUGUGCAUCCUUGAUGUAUGAAAAUGAAUCAGAUACCAUAAAUGACUGAGUCCAGAAGGGAAUCCAGAAAACUGGAAAACCCUGUUUAUGCAUGAGACACUCUUGUCAACUAAUAUGAUUGAACUGUCCACAGUGGAAGCAGCUGUCCAAGAAUGUAGCCAAGCAUUAGAUGAAACAAUAAAAAAUGUUUUCAACAUUAUUGGAGCCUUUGAUAUUCCACGCUACAUUUAUAAUCCAGACAGAAAGAGAUUUGUACCUCUGUCAAUGACCAACCUUCCUGUACCAAAUUUAUUUGGAACUGCCAGAGAUAAAGCAGAGUUGUUUCGUGAACGCUACUCCAUCUUACAACAGAGGACUCACAGACACGAGCUGUUUACACCUGCAGCAGUCGUCAUUCAUCCUGAUGACAAUAGGAGCAAAUUCCAGCUUAAAACAGUGGAAACUCUGUUGGGCAAUACAGCAAAAGUGCGGGAAGUGAUUGUCCUUGGGAUGAUAACUCAGCUUAAGGAGGGGAAGUAUUUCCUAGAAGACCCUACAGGAGUUGUCCAGCUAGACCUUAGUAAAGCACAGUUCCACAGUGGUUUAUAUACCGAAUCGUGCUUCGUUUUGGCAGAAGGUUGGUAUGAAGAUGAAGUUUUUCAUGUGAAUGCUUUUGGAUUUCCGCCUACUGAGCCGUCUGCUACCACUAGAGCCUUCUAUGGGAAUAUAAACUUCUUUGGAGGUCCUUCCUCAGCUUCAGUAAAGGCUUCUGCAAAACUGAAGCAGCUGGAGGAUGAAAAUGAGGAUGCCAUGUUUGUAUUUCUUUCUGAUGUGUGGCUGGACCAAGCAGAAGUACUAGAAAAGCUGCAUACAAUGUUUUCAGGUUAUUCCUCUGCUCCUCCAACCUGCUUUUUCUUUUGUGGAAAUUUCUCAUCUGCACCAUAUGGAAAAAACCAAAUUCAGUCUCUGAAAGGUUCUUUGAAGGCUCUUGCAGAUAUAAUAUGUGAAUAUCCCAGCAUUCAUAAAAGUAGUCGAUUUGUGUUUAUUCCUGGCCCUGAAGAUCCUGGUCCUGGUUCUGUUUUACCACGACCUCCCCUGGCUGAAAAUAUCACUCAGGAAUUCAGGCAGCUGGUACCAUUUUCAGUUUUCACCACAAAUCCUUGCAGGGUUCAGUAUUGCACACAAGAAAUAAUUAUCUUUCGUGAAGAUUUGGUAAACAAAAUGUGCAGAAACUGCGUCCGCUUCCCUAGCAGCAGCAUGGAUAUUCCCAAUCAUUUUGUAAAGACCAUAUUAUCACAAGGACACCUUACACCGCUUCCGCUGUAUGUUAGCCCUGUGUACUGGGCCUACGACUACGCCCUGAGGGUGUAUCCUGUGCCAGAUAUGCUUGUCAUUGCGGAUAAAUAUGACCCCUUCACUGUCACCAACACUGACUGUCUUUGCAUAAAUCCUGGUUCUUUUCCAAGGAGUGGGUUUUCAUUCAAGGUAUUCUACCCCUCCAACAAGACAGUUGAAGACAGCAAGCUUCAGGGUCUCUGACUUUCUACAAGACUGCAGAAAGGGACUGAGCCUUUGUGAGGCCAACCAUAGCACUCGUUUAGAUGGAUUGAUUUUAUGAUAUCUUGCAGGCUAUUCAUAAUAAAUGUCAAAGCCAGGCUUAUUUUGUACGGAAAUAAACUUUUACACAAAAA